AUGCGUCCGCCGGGCUGGUUGUCCCUGGGCGCCGCCUUGCUGCACGUCUGCGCCGGAGCCGACGUACCCUCCGUGAAAUACCAGCUCACAGAUACGUACUCUGGAAGAAAGCUCCUGGACUUUUUCGAAUUCACAACUCCGAAAGACACUGCGGGCUCGGAACACCCGGACACGCUUCGAUGGCUCCCAAGUACUGAAUAUGGGACUAUCCCAGGUUUUGCAAAGUGGACCGAGAAGGGGUUGCUCACGUACUCUAAGACUAAGUUCUUGGGGGGCGAGAAACCCCGCGAGGCAACAUGGUCGCGGUCCAGGACGGAAUUUGGUCGCGGUUUGUUCGUGGUCAAGUUCACAUCCCAGGCCGGAGGUUGCGCCGUGUCGCAGCACAUCGACACCAUGAUCAGCCGAGCGCCUCUCCACUGGGAAUGUCGCGUGACUUACAGCAAACGCUGGCCGGUGGGCCACGAGCAGAGGAUCUCGGGCGUGCCCCAGGUGCAGGCCAUCGUCCAGGACGACGAAAAGUACCAAGUCUUCAUGUGGGAAGAGGGCAAGGAACCCGCCGACGUCAACUCGGACUCGCCGGACCCGUCGUCGUCGUGGGGCGAGCCCAUCUUCGUCGCGGAGCUUCACAAGCCCACUGGGGACGGCGACGACAACAGCUGGUGCACCAUGGACACCGCCGGCUUCUACCCGAACCGGCUCACGACUUACAUCGAGUUUUGCAUGAACCAGGACUGCUGGGAGGGGAAGCAAUGCCUCGAGAAGUCGGGCUACCGGAACUGCAGGGCCAUGGUCGCCAAUAGCCCCGACCCGCAGUUCGUCGGCGAGCCUAGCUUUACCGUUAGGGAGGUUAGCAUCUUCAAGCCUUGUGACGGUCAGGGCGGUUCGUCCGACGGUCAAGGUUCCUCUGCGCCCGCGAGGCUACCGAUCCCGCCGUCGGAACCCCUUGAGGCUCCCGGUCUUGUUGCGGCUAUACAGAAGGGAACUGCAGCUGAAAGGCUCCCGAUCCCGCCGUCGGAACCCCUUGAGGCUCCUGGGCUUGUUGCGGCUAUACAGAAGGGGACUGCGCCUGAGGCUCCGGAGCAGCCAGAUUCACCUAAGACUCCUGGGCAGGUUGCGUCUAUCCAGACGGAGGAUGCGGGUGGAAUGCUUCCGACUAUUCCUGAGGAGGAUGAGGGGGAUCUGGAGGAGCUUGAGCCCCCCAAGGCUCCAGAGACGCCAUCCGAGGCCCUUGAGGCUCCUGCUCAAGCUGUGUCUAUAUCGAAGCUGUCUGCGCCAAGAGGGCCACCGACUCCCCCCGAGGCUGCAGAGCCACCUGCCUCCCCUGACGAGGCCCCGGAGUCGCCUGAGCCUGAUGAGUCUGAGCUUCCGCCAUUCCGCCGCAAAGGGUUUCUCUCCUCUCUGACCAACAUCAUUGGGGCUUCACCGCCCCCGAAGUCCCAUUUCAUCGCGUUGAAGCCUGCGGGCCCCAAGGGCCCAGGGGCGGUAGCAUGGCCUAAGGUUGAAGAACCUCCUCCGCCCCCCACGGGUCAAGCGGAAUCUGAGCUUAUCGAGGAGCCAAUCAUGCCGCCAUCGGUCCGCCUCAAGUCUAAGGACAUUAAGUUUCUAACGGACGUGAUUGCGCCUGGCAUGCGUCCGACUGCCCCUCACAAGGCCCCGAAGGCGAAUGCACCCAAGGCUCCGAGGCCGUGGGAGGUUGCAGAGAACUCGAUCACCCCACCGCCCCCUAAGGGCCCGAUUUGGCCUGCGGAUGGAGGGCCACCGCCCCCGCCUCCGAUGCCCCCGGGACCCCCGGCCCCGCCCCCGAUGCCCCCGAGUCCGGAAGAGCCCGCGGCGAAGGCUCGGGCUGUGGAUUUGGGAUGGGAAGCGAUACCCUCCGUCCCCAAGACCCCAGAGGAGCCAGACCCUGCCGAGAAUCGGAAAACCGAGGAGCGUUCAGGGUGGCCCAGCUGGUUCAAGCUGCCCAGCCAAAGCACCGUCUCGGAGUGGCUGGGCAUCGCGACGUCCCAGGCCGCCAAAAGCCUCCCGGGGCUGAUCGACGCGUUGAUCGCGCCGCAGAGCCCAAGCAGGCCACCAUCGCGGGAGGGCCCAAGCCGGCACCCCUCGCCGGAAGAUCCAGACCUACCACCAUCGCCGGAGGACCCAGACCUGCCACCAUCGCUGGAGAGCCUAGAGCUGCCACCAUCGCCGGAGAGCCCAAGCCCCUCACCAUCGCCGAGUCCGCCCAGCUCGCCAACGACGCCGAGCAGUCCCAGCCCGACAGAACCGAGCGAGACCACUUGGCAAACCCCUUCGUCAAAUACAACGACCGCCACGCCAAGCUUGACCACCAGCACCGUGUACACCACCAGGGUCCACACCAUCACCAGCUGUGAGACCGACGUGCCGGACUGCACCACGGAGGGACAAGUCGUCGUCGUGACCGAAACCAUCGCCCUGUACACGACCGUCUGCGAGGUCACCGAGACGCAGACGGACAUGACGACCACGACGACCAUGCCCGAGCCGACGCCCGCUCCGACCUUGACCACCACCACCGUGUACACCACCAGGGUCCACACCAUCACCCACUGCCCGCCCGACGUGCCGGACUGCCCCGCGGAGGAGGGACGUGUCGUCGUCGUGACCGAGACCAUCCCGCUGUAUACGACUGUCUGCCCGGUAGACGAUCCCGCCCCGACGGACUUGGCGACGCCCUCGCCUGCCGUGACCACUGCGCCCGACGCGGCCGAUGAUGAUGUCACUACCAAGUACUUCACCACUUUCCGAACCAUCACCAGCUGUCCGCCCGACACGCCCGAGUGCGCCACGGACGCGGCGCCCGCGUUGCCCGAAGCUACGCCCCGUCCAGGUGGCGGCGCCGGUGGCAGCGCCGACGACGACGACGCCGUGGACCCCAACGACGACAGCUACACGGGCGAGAACAACGGCAGCGGCAGCAACGACAGCGGCCACGGCUACGGCAACGCGACCAUCCCCGGCAGCACCGGCAUCACCACCCAUCGCCAGCCCCUCCCAACGCAGACCGACUACCCAACGCCACCCGUCAUCGUCUCCCGCGGCUCCACGACAUCCAUCACCAGCCUCAUCGCCCUCGGUGCGGCGGCAGUGGUCCUCGUCAUCUUCUAG